AUGAAGCAAGAGGAUGCUUUGAUCUUUACUGGUGGUGCAUUUGAUCCAAUAAAUUUACCACUACUGUUGGCCGAAACCCCUCGUCCAUUAGUGAAUGAAUAUCGGCUGUUUAACAUAUACGAGUUUCCUGUGACAUCACCCUUUAGCCAAUUUAUGGAGCAAGCUUUUGCACAGUUUGAUACAGUAAAUGAAAGGGUACUGCAACUGCCAGAUGUGACAUCUACUCAAAUGAUCCCAAAGCCCACAUCAUUGAUAACAACAACAACAUCAAUACCUGCUCCUGCACUUGAACCAACACCAACAUCAACAACAACAACAUCUCAAAAAUCAAAAUCAAAAUCAAAUUCGACCUCAAAUUUGAUAUCAAACCCAAAAUCAAAGCCAGAGACAACGCAAGGAAUGAUGUCAAACACAAGGAAACAGCGAUCCUGUGACUCUUGUAGCGUGAGAAAAGUGAAGUGCGAUUAUCAAGUGCCAUGUAGCAGAUGUGUAACCCACUCGCUUGAAUGUACCAAUAUCAGAGCAAAAAGAAAACCAGGUCCGAAAAAGCUACAUCAAAAGACAAAAGAUGCAAUUCGUGAGUUGGCUGCUAAAUCUACUACAAACACACAUCCGGUUUCUGAGCUGAGUGUAACGGUACCUAUCAUAUCAUCUUUAUCGUCAUCGUUGUCUUCUUGUUCUUCUUCUUCUUCUUCCGCUGUGUCCGGCCCGUUUUGCCCUUCCAUCACGCUAGAGUAUAUACUUCCCUGUCUCAAUGUGUUUCAGGUCUGGUACUACAGCAUCUGGCCGGUGAUUUCCGUUGCCGAUUUAAUUUCGAGAAAGAAUGAGCCUACGGUGUAUGCUCUCAGCUGUGCCAUAUCUGCUGUUAUGCAGUACCAGUUGAGUUUCAUGGCCAACCAAACAUAUAUCCCCAGCCACGUUAUGAGUGUUCAGUUUAUUCCCGAAGCUGUUAAAUAUAAGAAACUAGAGCCAACUGUUGAGUCUAUUCUCACUUCAUUGUUUCUCCAUGUGGCGUCUGCUGGAGAGAGUGGUACUGCUACAUCUGCAUGUUUCUUACGUGAAGCUAUUACUUUGGCGCAAGUUAUGGGUCUAGAUCGGAAAGAGACGUACGAGACGUGUGACACUGCUGCUAAUAACCAUAGAUUUAAGAAAAUCUAUUAUCUCCUAGUGGUUACAGAGAGGUUCCUCUCUUUGGAGCAAGCACUUCCAGUGUUGCUAGAGCCUUCGAUUCCUUUACCUUCGCUUGAAAAUGAAGAGUACCCCUUGCUUUUAUAUGGUUUUCGUGAAUUGGUCAAGAUCUUUGCUAUUCCGGGAAAAUCCAUUUUCGAUAGAGUUAGAUCAGUUAAGAAUGACGCAUCUUCGAGAGCGUUGAUUUGCAAGAUCCAAAGUCAGCUCCAGCAGAUCAAUAUCUUGAAUGAUGCUCCCGAUAUACAAAAGGCAAACAUUGUUCUUAGUAAAUACUGGAUGAUGGCUUGGACAUGGAAUGUUUCGGAAACCAAUAGGCUUGUGGAUGAGAAUGUGGCAUGUUUAUCGCAUGAGUUCCCAAUCAAGAUAGCUCGUGAUUUCUGUCAGGAUUCCGCCACCUUGCCGUUGGAGUCGUUCCAGUUCAAUGGUCCAGGUGUUUGUUUUAAGAUGUUGACAAUUGCAAAGACGUUGAUCAAGUCAAAUGCCAUUACCACUUCUUCCGCAGCACAGUAUUACCUUCGACUUAUAUAUGAGAGGCUAAGCCGGUUGAAUUUCGAUUUGCAACCUUUCGGCAAGGAUUAUGAGACCAUAGUUGAGAUAAUUAAUAGCUGCACUAAUUUAUAA